AUGACGACAACACAGCCUACCCUAGCACUUCCUGGCCAGCUUCUCGGCCCGAUAUCAAAAUAUCAGCCCGGUCCCGGCACGCACGUUCAUGAGUCCAAUUUGUAUUCGUCGCUUCUUGGGACCGUCCACGUCACCCAGCCGGCGCGCGCACCGGGCCCGGUCAAGCGCCUGAACAGGAUCACACCGGCCCCGACCCCCGCCGAGCUUCCCACCAUCUCGGUUUCGGCCGCGCGUCCCGCGGGAUCCGCAGCCAGUGGGCUAGUGACUGGGCGCAAGCGGGAAAUCCUACCUGAGGUUGGCAACAUUGUGCUGUGCCGGGUCAUUCGUAUCACCCCGCGGCAGGCGGUUGUCACGAUCUUGGUGUGCGGGGAUACUGUCCUCGAUGCCGAGUGGCAGGGCUUGAUCCGGGUGCAGGAUAUCCGGGCGACUGAGAAGGACCGGGUGAAGGUGUAUGAGAGCUUCCGGCCUGGAGAUAUUGUCCGCGCCGAAGUGAUUUCCCUCGGCGACCAGGCCAACUACUAUCUCUCCACGGCACGCAACGAGCUUGGUGUCAUUCUGGCUACUAGCGAAGCCGGUAACACCAUGUAUCCCGUCAGCUGGAGGGAGUAUCGCGACCCUAUUACGGGUCUCACGGAGCUGAGGAAGGUUGCGAAGCCGUAUUGA